CUAUUCCCCGUGUGUGAUGCCAACGAAUCGUGCACAUAUCGCCUGAACACGGUGGUCGUUGUCACGGAGCACCAGCGGAGGUGUCAGCAGGGUGAUCCAAACACUCCCCAAUCCUCCCCCAAAAUAAUAACGACAAGCUCCAAAACAACAGCCUGUUCCACUCCCCGGUGGUGCUGUGAAUCUCAGAGGUGUAGUGCCAAGGAAAAAGGGGGGUAAACGUAAAAAUAAAAAGAAAAAAAAACGUUGAAAAAAAGUGAAGCAGAAGGGUAUCCGGCGUCUGAGCGGAGUGACAAGGACAGUGAAUCCAAGUUGAGAGUGAGUGAGAGAGUUGAGGGCGCAGGAGUUGCAGUCUUGGAUAUUCCUCAGUUUUGCAUUUCAAUAUCUCCCUCCAAGGGGAGCAAUAAUAAACGGGGAGUGCAAUCGUAUAAACAAUUGUCAAGUGAUCAUCGUGUGUCAACAAACGCGGGAAACCAGUGAGUGACUGGCGAGUGUUAAAAAAUCGAUCGAGUUGAAUAAUAAUUCAACGGUUUUUUUUUGGAAAACUUGAGAUUCGCUGGGGUUUUUCUUUGUCACGGGAUUCUCCCCUUGAGUUAUUAAACCCACGGGGAUCGAUGUCUGUGGUGUGAGGGAGGUGAAAACAUGGCUGAGGAGCUGCUGGUCACGCUUAGCAGAAACGACACAGCGGGAUUCGGAUUCUCCCUGCUUGGUACUGCCGGGUUACCUCACGUCAUCUACGAUAUUGUUGAAAAUUCACCGGCAGCUGAGUGCGGAAAGGUAGAAGCUGGAGACGUAAUCCUCGGCGUAAACGACAUCGACGUUAAUCGUUUCACCACCAAGGAAGUGCUCAAAUGUUUACGAUUGUCCUCGGAUCCAGUCACCCUAAAGCUCCGGAGGGAUCCAGCGAUAAAAGCACACGUGAGACGAUUACUAGCCCCGGGGCAGGAGUUUGUGGACGAAGUGAGUUGUCCACGUGUGGGUGUAGAUGGAAGAGCAAACUCUGGUAACAGCGAGGAGAAGAAGAAGAAGGUGAAGGGAAGAAAGGGUGGAUCACCGGAGUUGCCAGUUGGUUCGCCACAGGCACCAACUGGUGCGCAGUAUGCAUCACGAAGUAAUGGAUCAUACAGCGAUGCCUCAGGCUCAUCCGAGUUUGAGGCGAUUUUACCAGUUACAGACAGUUUCAAAGAGGAGGAACGUGCCCAGUGGGAGCCCCUAUCAGGCGACAAAUUUACAAGGCAAAAAAAUACACCGAGAUUCGAGGCAUACAUGAUGACAGGAGAUCUCAUGCUGAAUCUCUCUCGAACUCAACAGAGCACUGGUUUCCUACCGAAAUACCAGAAAAAAGUUGAUUCCCUUCGUUACAACAACCAUUACAUCCAUCGUCAUCACAAUUAUCACAAUCAUCACCAUCACAACUCAGUUCCAACGAGUCCAAACGAGAUGCUGGGCCAUCGCUCGUACAAAACUACUGGUUCUAAUUCAGCGACGACCUCACCAGUGGGUACAGGUAAACGUGAUCCUAACCAGUGUCCAAGCAUAGUCGAUACCAAGUCAAAUGUCACGAAUUUUGGUUACUCGAGUGGUUUCGUGAGGACAUCGAGGUCCGAGGAUCACCUCCAGUUCCAGAAGGAUCCAUCGAUGAGUGCUGUGGACAUUGAUAUCGAUGAGGAUGUCACAUCAAGUCUCAAUACACUGUUGGACACUCGGCCCGACAGUGGACAGGGUAUAGGUAUAUCCAGUGAGAGAAUUGUGUGGACGUAUAAUGCACCAGUGAGUUCCCCCUCGGCAUCAGCAUCGGAUCGCACCUCGUGCUGUCAGAAUGGCAGCUCAUCCCAGUCAUCCAGCAGCUCAGAGGGUACAAGUCCACAGCGAUCUCUAUCCCCAGCCUCUCCAACCUCAGUCUCAUCAUCAGUCAUGUCAUCCAAUUCUGGAUCACGCAGAUUUCCUCUGCCAUCAGCAGGAAAUCCUUUUCCCCAAUCCAACAAUAAUUCAAAUUUACCCAACUGCCAGGCAGGCACACCAAGCAUUCAUCCGACUAACGGCGAUCUCAGCCAAUCAGAGGCCAUCAGCAACAUGUCAAGCCCUGAUUACAAUGACGAAGAGACUAUGGAUAUUCUCAGUGCACGUGAUAUUAUGAUGGUUAGUGAUCCAAGUGACAGUGACUCGACGAUCCUCGCGAGUGAACCACCGCAGAGGAGAAAAACUAAAAAGAGCAUUGGUUAUGGAGCGGAGCACAGCCAGUCGAGUGAGCACAGGAUUGUGAUACAGGUGAAGGGGCCUGAGAAGGAGAGCAGAAGUUGCAGCAGUCCAAAAAAUCGAAGGAGAAGUAACAGCGGUGGUAGUGAACACCAGAGACCAUCGUCUGGCGAGUUGAAGGAAUACGAGGAUGAAAAAGAAAUACAUGUUGGUUCGUGCGAUGAACAGAAACAGAGUGGACAGUCACCACCGCAAUCAGCUGACGAGGAGAGUGACAUUGAGAGCCUGCAUAGCUUCCAUUACAGUCCUAAAGCUGUUGAUCUACCGUCAGCAGUGAGAUUGGCCAAGAGAUUGUACUCGCUCGAUGGUUUCAAGAAGUCAGACGUGUCCAGGCAUCUCAGUAAAAACAACGAUUUCUCCAGAGCAGUUGCUGAGGAAUACCUGAGAUAUUUCAGUUUUGAGGGGGACACGCUGGACGUGGCACUCAGAAAGUUUCUCGCCCAAUUCUCACUGACUGGUGAGACUCAGGAGAGAGAACGUGUGCUUGUACAUUUUUCAAAGAGAUACAUCGACUGCAAUCCCGGCUCCUUUAAUUCACAAGAUGCUGUGCACACAUUGACGUGCGCUAUUAUGCUCCUCAAUACCGAUCUUCAUGGGCAGAAUAUCGGGAGAAAAAUGUCGUGCUCCGAGUUCAUUGAGAAUCUCUCGGAGCUAAACGACGGUGAUAAUUUUCCUCGGGAGGUACUCAAACAACUCUACACAGCUAUCAAGUCUUAUCCCCUCGAGUGGGCACUUGAUGAGCAGGGGGAGGACAUGGGGUCUCAGGUGAUUCAGCAGGGCGAUGGGCCAGCGAUAUCAGCAUCCGGCAAUCCAUUUCUUGAUGUGCCAAAUGUCACUGGUGCUACUGAAUUCAAGAAGGGUUACGUCAUGCGCAAGUGCUGUUACGACGCUAAUGGAAAGAAAACUCCGUUUGGUAAACGAGGCUGGAAAAUGUACUACUGUACACUUCGGGAACUUGUAUUAUAUCUGCAUAAAGACGAGCAUGGCUUUCGUAAUGACAGCCUGCACAAUGCCAUAAGAAUUCAUCAUGCAUUAGCGACAAAGGCAUCGGAUUACACGAAGAAGCAGCACGUGUUUAGACUGCAAACUGCUGAUCAGGCCGAGUAUCUCUUCCAAACUAGUGAUUCGAAGGAGCUCCAGUCAUGGAUUGACACGAUAAAUUUCGUAUGCGCGAGCUUUUCGUGCCAGCCACUCGCCGGAGCGGUAGGUUCACAACGAAAGUUUCAACGGCCUUUGCUUCCCUGCAGUCACACCAAAUUGACGCCUAGAGAACAAUUAAGGGACCACGAAGAGAGGGUGAAUAGACUUGAGGGAGAGCUGGAGGAGCACCGGAGGCAUCCACCUGAGCGUGGAGCCAAGGCUCUCACUGUUCAGAAUUACAAGGAGAAGGAUACCUAUCUUCAUUACGAGUUGAAGAGAUACAAAACGUACGCCUAUCUCCUGCGUUCUCGUCUGGCAUUUACCGAGGUUGAGUCAUCCCUCGUGGAGAGCAGCAUUGGUGAAGUUGACGAAGGUGGAGGUGUACUACUGAAUCCUGAUGUUGGUCUAGUACCGCCACCAGUACCAGAUCGUCCAGCAACAAAUAGGUACAGUUACAGAGCUGCCAUUUACAACCGUAAUCUCCUAAAUGGUCAGGACUACGGCGGGGACAUUGGUUGACGCGUCAUGGGUGUUUUUUCGGCGUGCGUCAUCUAAUAUUUUAAAUAAUUACUAAUAUACACAGGCAGGAUUGAAAAAAAAACCAUAUUCUAAAAGUAAACGACAGUUUAAAUCCAUUGAUAGAGAUUAAAAAUAAAGACAGUAUCAAUUAUUGCAAGCACAAGGGAUAAAUAAUGUUUUAAUUGGAGGUAAUGAAAUUAAUUAAUUAAUGAGAGAUAUAAUGAGGGAUAUGUGAGUCUUCGAGUGCAUUGAACUACUGCCUGUGUGUAACACAACGCCGAAGUUAUUUAAUUAUUAACAGUUGGUGGAUUGGAUGGGGUCGAUAGAUUAAUUUUUGUUUAUCGAUUGUUUUAUUUAUUGAUUGAAGUCCUUGUCGAAGGGGUUGAUUAUGAAUAUGAACAUCUCACUGUGUAAUAUUAAUUAGCGCUCAAUUAUUAAUUAACGAGGGCUCAACUCGUUUUUCAACAGCUGAAAGUAUGCGACAUGGUGCUGGUCUCUGGUUUAUUUACAAUAAAAUAUUUUUAAGGUUUUUUUAAUAUCCAGUGAUAUUUCAGUGAUAAUGAGGUUUAUCAAUUUGUUUGAUUAAUUGAAAUAUUUAUACUGGAUGUUAAAUUGGCUCUUCGCUUUCAUCGUACUGAUAACAUCGGUUAUAAUUUAAUUAACAAAACGAUUGUCAUUUGCAACAUAUAGUUUCAACUCACGAUAAUUAGGUGUAACCAUUGCUUCAUUGCCUCUCUAACAUCUAAGGAUCUGAUUUUUCAAUCUGUACUUUUGUAUAAGUAGAAUAUUAUUUUUCUAUAUUAUUUAAUCUUCUUGUUGUUUCGAGAUACGUAAUGGAGGUGUCAAUUAGAAUUUUUGAACAUCAAGUUACAUCCAUAUUCCUAUUAUAGUUCUGAUUUACAUUUAACAGUUAGUCGUUUUUCCAUCGAUAUUUCAUUCGAAACGUAAGAAUGUCGAUGAAGUAAUCUCAGUGAAGAUUUACGAUUGAUGCUCCAAAGGCCAAAGAAUAUAUUUAAUCAAUAAUUCUAGCUCCAACAUCAAUGAUUAACAGCUCAAGACUGCAUAAACUGAGCAUCUCGAUGAAAAUAUUCCGGAAUAUUUCUUCCUCAAUCAAUAAAAUUCAUUUUGAAUUUUGUUCGCGUUUGUUUCAUUAAAUUGUUGGCGUUGAAAAAUCGUUAGAAAGUGAAUGGAGUUGAAUUACGCAUUGAAAGCUUUAACUAGAUAUUUUGAAUUACGUAACUUAUGCAUUUGAGGUAUUUUUGUUGGAUAAAAAUUAUAAAAAUUGUUUUCUUUGGGAGAUAACGAUUAGGAGUUUAAAAGUGAUAGUAUUAAUUCUAGAGAGAUGUAGUCAUGAGAUCUGAGAUUAUGGAACUGAGGGAUUAAUGAUUUAUGAGGAUAUAGUGAUGUAGCCUUUUGUAAUAAUUGUUUACAACAAUGCGUUGCAGUAUUACGUAAAUGUAGGGGUUCAUCGCGAUAUAAAUGAGAGUUGACAUCCACUAAUUUGGGAAUUCCAUAGAUAGAUUUGUACAAUUAUAAAGUGAGAGUAGAUUGGAAUUCUGGUUCAACUCGAUUCAGUCGGAGUUUGUAGAUCAUUUUCGUUUGAUUGAAUUAAUGAAUAUUGGGAAGGUGUCAUUGAGGACAUCAUAAUCAAAAUGAUCAGCUUGGCAGUUGUUUGCAGCUCUAAAGAUAUUAAAUAGUAUUUUUCGAUAAUUCAUUCCAGGGUUUUAGCAGUCGAGAAAAUGCUCUCGAUAUUCCCAUUGAUUUACUCAUUAAUUUUAACUUGUCCAUCAUUAACAGUCACAGUUCAUAAAAUCCUGUCUCCCAUUUUUAAAUUACCUUUAUAUACACAUUAAAACCAUUGAACAGGAAUUAAAACUAAUACGAGAGGCGUAAGAGAUUAUUCAUUUAGUCCUUGUAUAAAGCUGUAAAUAUAUGUGGAUAUUUGAAGCUAAUGGCAAUAAAGAUUAAAUUAUCUCCAAACGAUUUAGGCUGAAUAUUCUUAAUGUGCGUAUUCCCAAUAAUUAACGAAGUACUAUAACAAUCUGAAAUAUGUGCACGUCACAUCAACUAUUAUUAUAGUUUCGCACUCAUCUGCACUGCAUGCUGCAUGUUAUAUCAUUCAAAUUAAUAAACUCUCUCAUUGGAUUUGGGCAUAUCGAGGAGUGAAGUUCAUCACAAUAACAAGCUCCCAGUUGUUCGACGACGAUUGUAUCCCAAGUAAUAAGGAAAUUGAUUUGUUGCAU